GACUUCAGAAAUUUUAACGGGUAGCUUAUUUAAGGUAUGUAAGUGAUUAAAAAUCUUUACAAAUGUCUGCAACGGCGAGAUCGAGUAUCUUAUCGACGAAGGUGGUACAGCUCUGUGCCAAACAGAACCAUUCCAUUGGUGUAUGUGGGGCAAGAUUUGCUCCCAUUGGAAAAUUUGCAGGCCUUGUUUCCAGUUUCGCGUCUCGUCGCUUCUACUCCGAGAAUGGCUCGGGAGCAAAAGACAAGAAGCUGUUUACCCCUGGCCCUCUGGGCACCAGCCCCACAGUUAAGCAGGCCAUGCUGAGAGACCUGGGCUCUAGAGAUGUGGAGUUUGUAGAAACCGUCCGUUAUAUCAGAUCAAAGCUCACCAAAAUUGCAGGAGUAUCUUCGAGUGAGUUCACCUGUAUACCUGUCCAGGGUAGUGGGACAUACGGUGUGGAGGCUGUGUUCCAGAGUACUGUUCCUAGGCAGAACGGCAAGGUUCUUGUUUUUGAAAAUGGAGCAUAUGGCAAGCGUCUGGCCAAAAUCUGUGAGAAAAUGGGAGUGGAUCAUCAUGUGGAGUCUUUCCCCGAGGACGACUUCAUUGACUUCAGCCGGGUGCAAGACAUCGUCAAGGCAGAUAACUCCUUCACAAAUGUGGCAGCAGUUCACUGUGAAACAAGCUCAGGAGUUAUCAACCCUGUUGAUCAGAUUGGAGGACUGGUGGAGACCUACCUACCCAAUGCGACUUGUUUCGUGGAUGCGAUGAGCAGCUUUGGUGCAGUUCCUAUCGACGUUGCAGCCUCGGGUAUUGACUACAUUGUCAGCUCAGCCAACAAGUGUGUGGAGGGUGUCCCUGGUUUUGCUUAUGUCAUAGCUCGAAUCGAGAAACUGCGCAAGUGCAAAGGAUUUUCCCGAAGUCUGAGUCUGGACCUUGUUGACCAGUAUGAAACUCUGGAGACAACCGGUCAGUUCCGGUUUACUCCCCCAACUCAUGCCAUGCUGGCAUUUAGACAGGCUCUGGAUGAACUGGAACUGGAAGGAGGAGUCAGAGGCAGGGCUAGUAGGUAUCGUGAAAACCGAGAAAUCCUGAAAGAAGGGAUGGCAAAGCUAGGAUUUAAGGAACUACUUGAUGACCGACACGAUGGAUACAUCAUCACAUCCUAUCACUAUCCCAAAGAUCCUAAAUUCUCUUUCAAGGACUUCUACACUAGGCUCAAUGACAAAGAUCAGGUGAUCUACCCAGGUAAAGUGUUGAAUGCAGACUGUUUCCGGAUAGGUAACAUAGGUUACCUGAAGCCUGCGGACAUGAAGCACCUAAUGGUGUGUGUGGAGGAGGUGUGCAAGGAUAUGGGUCUGAAGAUGCCGCUGGACAGUGAGGGAUAGUUGGGUUGAGGUGGGAUACUGUUCUGCUGGGACGUUAAGCAAUGAGGGAUUAUGUGGUACAGUAUAGUACAUUUAGGCAAAAAAUUUUGAUAGAUAUUGUCCUGCUUGGACUUUAGGCAGUGAGGUAUAAAUGUGGUGUAUUUAGGCAACAAAUUAUGAGGGAUAUUGUUAUGCUGGGACAUUAAACAAUAAGGGAUAAUGUGGUACAUUUAGGCCACAAAUUAUGAGGGAUAUUGUCCCGCUGGGACAAUAGGCAAUGAGGGAUAAUGU